AUUGAAGAAAGUAAGAUGUCAAACACAAACAGUUGGCGAGACGAUGCAACUUUGAACGAAAACGGGAGGAUCUGUUUACUACACUACUUAUCCGUCCGCACACUGGCUUAUGAGUCGCGUCAGCCGGGUUCCCGCCACAGUUUGACAGUAGCUACGCGACGUCAGAGUUUACCGCACCGCUCUCGCAACAACACAUUCGCCAUGGCUGACGCUGAAGCACCUGCUGCCGCCCCCGCUGCUCCUGCCAAGAAGGCGAAGAAAGCUCCCGCUAAGAAGCCCGCCCACCCAGCAUACUCUGCCAUGAUCGCCGCCGCCAUCAAGGCCCUGAAGGACCGUAAGGGCUCCUCCCGCCAGGGGAUCCUCAAACACAUCCUCGCCAACUACAAGGUGGGUGACGAGAAGAAAGCCGCCGUCCGUGUCAGGUUGGCGCUCAAGAAGGGCGUGACGUCCGGUGCUCUCAAGCAAGUGAAAGGUGCUGGCGCCUCGGGAUCGUUCAAGCUCGCCGAAGUCGCUGAGAAGAAGCCCAAGAAGGUCGCCAAGAAACCCGCAGCUAAGAAGGCCGCCAAAAAGCCCGCUGCAAAGAAGGCCGCCAAGAAGCCCGCUGCAAAGAAGGCUGCCAAGAAACCCGCAGCUAAGAAGGCUGCCAAGAAGCCCGCCGCCAAGGCUGCUAAGAAGCCUGCUGCCAAGAAAGCCGCUAAGAAGCCUGCAGCAAAGAAGGCCGCUAAGAAACCCGCAGCGAAGAAGGCUGCCAAGAAGCCCGCAAAGAAGUAGGCUGCUUCCCCAUCCCAUUGAAAAUUCCUUAAAUUAAGGACGACGACUAACGCCUGUGCAAGAUUUGUUUGUAAGGAUACGAUAUAUUUACAGAAUAUAUUUUUUUUGACAUGUACCUGAUCACUUUAUAACAAAUGUAUAUAUUUUAUAUAUAUUAAAAAUCUUUUUAUACA